CAUUAAACUGUAAACACACACACAGGAAAAUGUAAAACUUAUUGUAUUAAAAUUUUUAUUUAAUUAUUAUUCCAAAAACGUAGGUACUACGUGAUAUUGUAUUAAUUGCAGCGUUAUAUAGUGUUAGGAUUAUAUAUUGUCAAUUAUAACAAAAAACAAGUUUUAAAAUAAAAGUGCAAAUCAACCGCACCAGACGAGAUAAACAUCGGCGAUUUCAAGGUUCACCGCAGAGUUAGAGGAGAAGAGAAGAUAAUAAGACAUUAGGCAUAGCAUGUCAACGUUCCCGAAUAAGGGAGUUCGGCCGUAUGAAUGUUGAUAAAACGAAAAUGGUGAUAAAACGGUGCUGUGUGGUUCCCGGCAUCAAUAAAAAAGAACAGCAACACUCUAUCUCUUUCCUAUGGAUAUCGUAAAAGAUAAAGCGGUUACCCAUUUAAGAGCACGUAGUUCGGGAACCUCGCUCCUAACCAGGGAGGAAGACGAAACCGAUAAAAAUAUUUGGGGUAACGUCGCGAUGCUGGGCGGCAGUGUGCUGUGGUUCCGUCACGGUCUACGGCUCCAUGACAACCCUUCGUUGCUGAGCGCCAUCGAAGACAGGGGCGUGCCCUUCUUCCCUAUCUUCAUUUUCGAUGGAGAAACAGCUGGUACCAAACUGGUGGGCUACAAUCGAAUGCGGUAUCUGCUGGAAGCUCUGGACGACCUGGACGGCCAGUUCAAGAAGUAUGGCGGCAGGCUUAUCAUGGUGAAGGGGACGCCGAACGUCGUCAUACGGAGGCUUUGGGAGGAAUUCGGCAUUCGCAAACUAUGUUUCGAACAAGAUUGCGAGCCCGUGUGGCGAGCUCGCGACGACAGCGUGAAGCGUGCGUGCCGCGAGAUCGGCGUCACGUGCCGCGAGCACGUCUCGCACACGCUGUGGGAACCGGACACUGUCAUCCGUGCCAAUGGCGGCAUCCCCCCACUUACUUAUCAGAUGUUUUUGCACACUGUGGCUACCAUCGGCGAGCCUCCCCGCCCAGUGGCCGAUGCGGAUCUCCACGGCAUCAAGUUUGGCACAUUGCCAGAAUGUUUCUAUGAGGAGUUCGUCGUUUUUGAUAAGGUACCAAAACCCGAAGACCUAGGUAUUUUUCUCGAGAACGAGGACAUCCGUAUGAUAAGAUGGGUGGGCGGGGAGACCGCGGCGCUGAAACAAAUGGAACAGCGGCUGAAUGUUGAAUACGAGACGUUUUGCAGGGGCUCAUACCUGCCUACACACGGUAACCCGGAUCUCCUCGGCCCGCCUAUAUCUCUCAGCCCCGCUUUGCGAUUCGGCUGCCUCUCUGUCAGGAGGUUCUACUGGGCCGUUCAGGAUUUGUUCCGCAAGGUGCACCAAGGUCGGCUGUCAUCCACACAUUUCAUUACGGGUCAGCUGAUUUGGCGCGAGUAUUUCUACACGAUGAGCGUGAACAACCCGAACUACGGUCAAAUGGCGGGGAAUCCCAUCUGUCUGGACAUCCCCUGGAGGAAUCCUGAGGGGGAUGAGCUGCAAAGAUGGACCGAGGGUCGCACCGGAUUCCCGUUCGUGGACGCCGCUAUGCGUCAGCUCCGCACCGAGGGCUGGCUGCACCACGCCGUGAGGAACACCGUCGCGUCCUUCCUCACCAGGGGCACGCUGUGGCUGUCCUGGGAGCACGGGCUCAAUCACUUCCUUAAGUAUCUGCUGGACGCUGAUUGGUCGGUGUGCGCCGGCAACUGGAUGUGGGUGUCUUCGUCCGCGUUCGAAGCGCUGCUGGACUCGGGCGAGUGCGCGUGCCCCGUGCGGCUCGGCCGCCGGCUGGACCCCAGCGGGGAGUACGUGCGCCGCUACGUGCCGGAGCUGGCGCGGAUGCCCGUCGACUACAUCUAUGAGCCCUGGAAAGCGCCAAUAGACGUUCAGGAGCGUGCCAACUGCGUGAUCGGCAAGGAUUACCCUGGCCCGGUGGUGAACCAUCUUGCGGCUGCGCAGACAAACAGAAACGCCAUGAAAAAACUGAGGCGGUCCAUACCAGGACGGCUUCAGAAGGACAAGUGGUUCGAUGUAGUCGGGGAAUUGCGCAAUAUACUUCAAAAGGCGCCGCCACAUUGCUGUCCCUCGUCUGAAGAUGAGAUCAGGCAGUUCAUGUGGAUCAACGAAGAUCAACCUGUGGGCACUGCGUAAAUUGACACGAAGAAUCACUAUAAUACAUAUAUACAUAUAUAAUCACGUCUAUAUCCCUGGCUGGGAAAACAGAGAUAACAGUCUUGAGACUAUAAGGCCACGUUCAGCUGUAUGUAUGACUUAAUGAUGGAUUUAAGACUAUUCUAAGAAAGUACAUGACUAUAUCAAGUUUUCGGUUAUCGUCGCUGAAUCAUGGGAGGAGUGCGCUGCUCUCGCGUUUACUUUCCCUAAUAAUGUUCCCUUUCUUGACUCUACAAAAUCUGUUUAACUGUCCCUCUAGAAAGAUAGAUAAAACGUUUAUUCGACAGACAUAAUACAAAUAAUACAAUAACAAAUCCUUAAAACUAACACAGGUGUGCUGAAGUAAGUCGAAAUGGUCAUAAAGCGAUCUUUUUGCACAAAGAGUACAAAAAAGCUCAUUUUCAGUUAUCACCCUUAACUUCUGUAUGAUAUUGCUUAAUCCUUUUCUAUAGCGGGGGCUAACGACAAACAUCAAUAGAUUUUAAGAAAGUACAGUCAAGUGGAAAGGUCAGAAAUUAUUGCGGCUACAUUUCUACGUCACACGUCAUAAGCCAAUCACAGCGAAGUAAGAUACUGCAUCAACCAAUAGCAGAUUAUCUCCGAUUGGGUACCCCAGGCAUACCACAACAGCCUGAAGAAAGAUCAUAUCUUUAUUCCUCCCUCUCUUAGUGCAUCCCUAAACUACAUAAGGCUUGUAGUUGUAGGUUACAUCCAAAUUACGAAUCACCUAUACCCAGUGGUGUGAGCUGUGUGUCGGUAUAUCAGACAGUUAAUGUUCUCUUUUAUAAAUUUAAGAUGUAGUAUUUUUUUUAAUUAGGUAAGGAGAUAUCAAAUAUCCUGUCCGUAUCACGGACAUCCUUUUGGGAGAUUCGUGUAGGUCUAAUUUAUGGGUUUUUAAGUAGUACUUUAGGCUAAACUAAACCUUAGUUUUAUUAUGUCCGUCUUUCUGUCUGUAGCUUAGAAUAUAGACUAGAGAAUGUACUAAGAAGUAUAAACUUGAUAUGAAAAUAGGUUGAUUAAGUCACGUUCAGUGUGUUAGCAUAUAAAUUUGAAGAAAAAUAAUUGGGUAGGUACUCCUUUAUAGUAUGUCAGGAUGUUUAAUGUUUUCGUUAAUACGAGUUUAUUUGGUAGUAUAUAUACCUAUAUUAGAUAAAUAUAUAAUAUACCUACAUGAUGUGUGUAGUAUCAAUAUGAUGAUAGUUUUUGAAAGUAAAUAUUUUAAGUGAUAAAUACAUAGGUAUCUAUUAAUCUGUAGGAGUGUACUAGGUACACACGCGCGGCACCUAAUUUGACCUAUGCCCAGAGACAAGACGCGAUAUAGCAACUAAAAGUUUAAAACUAUUAAUACAGCGCUGUUAAAAUAAAAUUUUAAGUCGCUCUUAUACUGUCGAAUCGCUUUUGUCUCCGGUGUGAACUGACCCUACGAGUAUAAAUAAGAGGUACGGAGAAUGUGCAACAUUUUUCAAACCUCCACCAUUUAGUUCAUCUUAUGUGCUGAGUAUUAUUCUUAUGGUCCAUAUGAGACCUAGAGACCUAACUAUAUGUUCCUCUCAAGUCUACGGAUUUGACAUGGCUUGUUUAUGGAGCCGAAUUUGAUACGAUCUGAUGAUUGCCAAAAGUAAGUAUUAAAAAAAAUUGUAGUUCUAUAAAAAUAUUUCUUUCCAAAAGUAUGAAUGUGAUUUUUGUGCCAAAUAUAUAUAAUUUAUUUAGUUAAUGACAUUUCGAAGGAAGCUACUUUAUCAGGAGUAUCAUUAGAUUAAAUUAUUUUUGUUCUAGUAAAAAUGACUUGUUAAAUAAAUGUACUACUAUUUUGAUUGUUAAGAGAUAUUUUGUUAUUAAUAUUUGUUUUUCUUAAAUAUUUUUUAUUGAUUCUUGAGAAUUCGGAACAACAUUUAAUGAAGCCCAAGCAUUAGCUUCAUUUAGUUGUUUUAAUUUCCAUUCAAUAUUGUUUGUUGGAUGAAGAUUUACAUAUUCCAUAGAAUUCUAUACAAGUCAUUGACUUUCAAGUAAGUAUUUUAAAUGUGGAAAUUUUAUCCAAAACAUAUACCUAUUAUGUAGUUUUUGGAUGAAUUUAUAAUGUCGACUUAUUUAUACAAUGUAUAAUCUAUUUAAAUCAAUUUUAUAUGAAAAUUAAUCGAAUUUAUUUACAAGAUAUUGUUAUUCUAAAUAAUCGGGGUUUAAAUAAUGUUUAGAUUUAUAUAAAUUUGUGCAUUUAUAGCAUAUUUACCUAUGUGUUU